AUGUUGCAGCUGUUCUGUGAUGAUCUAUUUACGUUUCAUACAGAGCUGAAGAAAGUUGUUGUAUCCAUCACAAAAGCAUCAUAUGAUAUCUUCCCAAAGGGCACCAUGGUGCGCAAGGACGAGAUACAGAAAUGUGUCAUUGCAAAGGCCACCAAGUUACUCAAGACCAGUGAUUAUCUUUGUAUUCCUGAUUCAUCUAAUGGCAAAUGGAAGAAUUUUGUCUUACAAGCUCUCAGGGAUGGCUGCAAAUUCUACUAUGGUAAUAGCAAGAAAGCCCUCAAGAACACAGAUGAAUUUCAACAUGCAAUACCUGUCAAUGGGCUGCUUCUUGUGGGUGCCAUGACAAAGGGCAUCCUCACUGGGUUUUGCGAGACUGGCACUGACAAAGUUCCAGACCUCUCUGCAGAUAAAUGUAGGGCUGACUUCAACUCAUUGCAGAGGUCUGUAGACACACUUCUAGAAAAUCCUGACCAUCAUGCAGAGCUCAAGGAGAUGUUGGAGCAGUGGGCUAUGAUUGGGGCAGGUGACCUUGAUUUCAACAAGGGCAAUAUGGGAGGCAGUGAUAUGGAGGAUGUCAACAUCAUCUUAUAA